GGAUUGGCAAAGUGGACGUGCCACCGGCCAGAACCACUUUUGUUGCUCGGCCAUGGGAAUUUGGGUGAAAUGGGGCUGGCUGGCUUUCAAAUAUCGUUUCUGCCUGUUCAGUUCGCCACUAGCCACGGCAGUCGGUGGUGUCGCUCUGGAGAAAGCAAAGCCACAGCCGAAUCAAAAGAGUUUAGUGAAAUGAGUAGAGCUUCGAUUGGACUAGUGAUCUGCCUGGUGCUGGGCCUGGGCCUGGGCCUGGCCCAAACCUUUGCCGAGGAGCAGCCAUCUCGUCCGGAAGCCACACCGGUUUCGCCCCUUCUAAAGCAGUCCCAGAACACCUUCAUCCAGUGGGUGCUAUCGCUGCUGCCUCAACGUCCGGGCAGUUCCGAUGCCGAGAACGCCACGUUGGCCACCCUGAGUAGCAGCUCCACGAAGCCGGAGCCCGCGAGCAGCACCACCACCUCGACGACGCCAGCGCCCACCUCCAGCACCACCACCACCAGGCGGGCCACGACCGCGGCGCCACCUACCCUCAGUCCGCCGCGCAACUGCACCGACUGUGUCUGCGGGAUAGCCAACAUCCAGAAACGGAUUGUCGGGGGCCAGGAGACGGAGGUGCACCAGUACCCCUGGGUAGGCAUGCUCCUCUACGGCGGUCGCUUCUACUGCGCCGCCUCGCUGCUCAACGACCAGUUCCUGCUCACUGCCUCCCACUGUGUAUACGGCUUCCGUCGGGAGCGGAUCACCGUGCGCCUGCUGGACCACAACCGCAAGAUGUCCCACACCCAAAAGAUCGACCGGAAUGUCGCGGAGGUGAUCACACAUCCCAAGUACAAUGCCCGAAACUACGACAACGACAUAGCCAUCAUUAAGCUGGACGAGCCCGUGCAGUUCGAUGAGGUGCUGCAUCCCGUGUGCAUGCCCACGCCGGGUAGAAGCUUCAAGGGGGAGACGGGCAUCGUCACUGGCUGGGGCGCCCUCAAGGUUGGCGGUCCCACCUCGGACACACUUCAGGAGGUGCAGGUGCCCAUCCUGUCGCAGGACGCGUGCCGCAAGAGUCGUUACGGCAACAAAAUCACGGACAACAUGCUUUGCGGCGGCUACGACGAGGGUGGCAAGGAUUCCUGCCAGGGCGACAGCGGCGGUCCGCUUCAUAUCGUGGCCAGCGGAACGCGAGAGCAUCAGAUCGCCGGUGUGGUCUCUUGGGGCGAGGGCUGUGCCAAGUCCGGUUAUCCUGGUGUCUAUGCCCGCGUGAAUCGCUACGGCACCUGGAUCAAGAAUCUCACCAAACAGGCUUGCCUCUGCCAGCAGGAGACCAAGAAGAUCAAGUAGUUCUAGUUCUAGCGUGUUCAGUAGUCUUGCUUUAAUACUCUGGCCAGCGAAGAUGAGCGACGAAUGGAGACCCAAAACCCAAUUUAUCCUCAGCAAAACUGUCGAUUGAAAGAUAGGUUUUCAUUAUGACAAAACCUAUUGUUUCUGUAACAAAAACAACUUAUAUCUGAAGAAAGUAGGGCUUUUUCCCAAAGAAAA